AGGUGUACUUCCCAGCCUGGGGGUGGAUGUGUGUGGAUGCCACCGAUCCUCUGAAAGGCAACUGGCUGCGCUAUGUGAACUGGGCACGCUCCACUCAGGAACAGAACCUCUUCCCCUUGGAGAUCAACCGAGCGAUUUACUACAAAGUGCUCAAGCCAAUCGGACCGGGCGAAGAGCUGCUAGUCUGGUACAAUGGGGAAGACAACCCCGAGAUAGCAGCUGCAAUAGAGGAAGAACGGACCAACAGUUCGAGCAGGAAAAAUUCGCCCCGAGCGAGGAGAGCCAGAAGGAAGCUGUUGGAGAGAGCCAGGCAGGGAGCUUUGAAAGGGGCCCAAGAGCUGAAGCAGCCCUGUGGAAAGGAGUCCGCCCUCAAAGAGAUGUGGGAACCUCAAGACGGUGCAAAAGAAGAGAAGACCCUGUCUUCCUCAGUGCAGUUGGUACAGGAGACAGCCAUGUCUCAGGGACCCUCUGAACAAGAGCAUCAGCGAUCUACAGGGUUGACUGAGGACUGUCCACAGUCCUACAUCUCUGUGGUGGUGAAGGAGGAAGAGGAGAAGGGAGAGGAAGAAGAGGAAACGCAACACAGCCCACCGCCGCAGCAGAGCCAACAGUGCCCUGUUGGUACAGAGCCCGUGGAAACCGAUGAGCAGUCAGAUCCAAAGUCCAGCGGUCAGGGAUGCGACGAGGAAGGUGCAGGUGACCAUAAGUGGGAGCCCACAUCAGUGUCCCCUCUGUCAAACCCCGAGCUCGACCCUGACCACGACCCCGAAGGCGAACAACAGGAAGCGUCCUCAUUUCCCUGCCAGCACUGCGAGCGACACUUUACCACUAAGCAGGGUCUGGAGCGUCACACCCACAUCCACGUCUCCGCAAACCACCACAUUCACACCUUCAAGUGCCGGUACUGCGGCAAGUCCUUCGGCUCGCAGAUCGGCCGGCGUCGGCACGAGCGGAGACACGAAAACGGCUCAAAGAAAAAGCUGGGCUCUCUGGGUGGGACCUCGACGUCUCUCAGCCCGUCUGUGCAGACUGACAGUUCCAGUCCAGACCUUGUGGCUCCUUCAGGCAACUUCAUCAUCAUGGGCUCGCAGUACUCUGCUGAGCUCCAGGAGAGCCCGGUGGCGGAGAAGCAGAGCACCGUCACUGAGGUGGAACGGACCUUCGUGUUGGACGAGAACGGAGAGUCAAAAGAACUUCACCCUUGUAAGUACUGCAAGAAGGUCUUCGGUACUCACACCAACAUGAGGCGGCACCAGCGUCGGAUCCACGAGCGCCACCUUCUUCCCAAGGGCGUUCGCAGGAAAGGCAUGCUCCUCCAGGAGACGCAGCCUGAGAAAAAGCUUCCUACGCCAGCACCGCAGGAAUCCCCCAGUUCCAGCCCGCCGCCCGUCUAUGUGCCCAGCGGGGACGUGGAAGACGAGGGAGAUCAGGAGGAGGAAUACAUGGUUGACAUCUCCAGCAACAUCUCUGAGAACCUCAGCCUGUACAUCGAUGGGAAGAUCUUGUCUACUAGCACCGUUAGCAGCUGUGAAGUGAUUGAAGUGGACUCUAGCUCUGCGACUUUGUUCGGUCUUGAUGCAGUGAUUAUCAGUCCUGACCAGCUCAGCCAAGCUCUCAAGGUGGAGACCACAACUUGUACAGUGAAAGAGAUUCCUGGUCAGUCUGUGACUAAAAGGAGAACUGCAACACCCCCUCUUCCUCCUAAAAUCAAAACAGAAUUGGAAUCUGAACCCAUCCUGCCCUCUUCUUCCUCUUCCUCUUCGUCCUCUUCUUCUUCAACGUCAACUUUGGUGGGAACUCUCUUCACUCAGCCCAUAGAGACAUUAGCUUUUCAGAAGGAAAAAAAUGUUUAUCUCUCCCCUAAGCUUAAGCAGCUACUGCAGACGCAAGAUAGCCAUAAACCUACUGUGGCCCUAAUCACAGACGCCCACAGGCUGGGUCCACCAUUGUCUGUGACCACACUGCCAACAGGUUCAGGUCGGUUCAAGAGGAGGACUGGCUCCCCGCCUAACUCACCACAGCACAGCCCCGCACUAAAAGUUGAAGGCAUGAAGUCAGAAGCCGGGGUUUCCUUCGCCCUCAAGGUGCCAAAGCUGGAGAGCCAUUGCAGUUCACCUGCGUGGAGUAUGUCGAGUAAAGAUGAGAGGGACACUAUGAGUCCACCCGGUGUGGACGUGUUUAAAGUUUCAGCUCUGGACUGGCCAGCCUCAAGGAGUGGUGGCAGUUCCUGCAACCAGCAGCCCUUGGACCUCUCUAAUGCCGUCAGUAAAAGAAGUGACGGUCUCAACAAGGGUCCAGGGGAAGUUGUGUUGGACUUGAGUAUGCACAGAAAGAGCCCUGCUGAGCCUGAAUCAAAGGGAGCCCUAGCCCCACAGCCUCUUGUCAAGAAGAGGAAGCCUAACACCAGCAUGCUGGAGAAAGUACUGAUGAAUGAAUAUGCAGGCGUAGACAUGGCAGGAGAAGAAGGCCCGGGCAUGCUGGGCAGCCCUGGUACUCCAUUGUCUGUGGACGCAGCUGCAGUUACUGUCUGUGACACUUCACUCAGUCCUGAUGGCCUUUCCUCUGAAUCUACCCCUACCUCUUCGUCACUUCAUCCGCCCCCUCCCUCGUUGACUCCUGUUCCCAUGCACCCCCCUUCCCCUUGCACCCCAGCUUUAGGCUCCCCCACUCCGCCCCCUCCAGUUCUGCCCACAGCUGCUUCUCCGCUCUCUGUGUCCACAUCUGCUGACCCUCAGCCUGCGUGCUCCCCAACCCAGUCUUCUCUCCCGGUCCUAUCCCCAGAAAUGUCGCCCAGACCUAUGGAAGUGAAUUAUGAAGAACCCUCCACUGCCUCUGAGCAUGACUCCAACAGUUCAGUGCUACAUGUCACUUCUGAUUUAGGUCCGGAUUCUAAGCUCCCUGACCCUUCUCUUGAUCUGAAAGAACACACACCAUUGAUAGGCCCCUCUGGAACCCAAGUGGUUUUACAAACUUGCAUAGCGAGUGCUUUGACGGGUCCCGAGGAGCAGUUGUGUUCUCCUGCCAGAGCUCUGAAUUAUUCGAAUAUUGAUUCUUUAACUGUCACUCAUAACGCAGUUGUAAUUGAAUGUACAGUGCAUGUAGGUUCGUCUGAGAAUCUUGUUUCAGCUCCAUUGACUGUUCUGGAAAAUCAUGUACAAUCAUCUGCUGGUAAUGCGGUUAAAGAACAAGAGUUUGCAUCAGAGAUGCAGCAGUCUCUUUCCCCUCAACAAGCCCAGUGUCUUGACCCUCCUGUUCUGGUCGCCUCCCUACCGGAAUCGGCUACGCCGCUGUCCUCCUCUGUGGUGAUAUCAGAAAGUCCACCUCCUUUAGUGUUGCCCCCUCCUCCUGUCGUUUCUGCCAUAAUCAAAGAAGAACCCCAGCACAAAGAAGAGCCCACUGACAUGGCUGUUAACCCUGCGCAUGCCGCACCUUCGACUCCACCCGCCUGUGAUAAAACAUCCGAUGAGGAAGAGUUGCAACAGGACACUUUCAGCAAGAGGUUUGUGUGCAAUGUGUGCGAGAAGCCGUUCCGCUCCAUAAAGGAGCUGAGCCGUCACAUCACGGAGCACGCCGCGGAGUGGCCCUUCAAGUGCGAGUUCUGCGUGCUGCUUUUCGGAAAUGCCGCGGCUUUGCUGGAGCACCGCUCCACCCUCCACGGUGUUGGAAGGAUCUAUGUUUGCUCCACGUGCACAAAGGAAUUUGCUUUCCUCUGCAAUCUCCAGCAGCACCAGAGGGACCUGCACCCUGGCCAGGACUGCACGCACACGGAGGUCGAAAACGGCAAGCUGAGGCCUCAGAACUACAACGAUCCAGCCAGAGCAAGCACAGAGCUCUCUCCCUCGACAGCGUCUGACGCCACAGCUGAAGGCAGAGGUUCAGCUUACCAGGCAUCUAACGCUCAGAAAGACGAGGAGGAGAUCGACGACUCAACGGAAGAACUCUACACUACAAUAAAGAUCAUGGCCUCUGAAGGAGGCAAGCCCAAGGGCCCGGACGUGCGCCUGGGCAUCAACCAACACUACCCCAGCUUCAAGCCUCCCCCAUUCCCGUACCACAACCGCACGCCCACCGGCGCCGUGGCCUCUGCCACCAACUUCACUACCCACAACAUCCCGCAGACGUUCAGCACGGCAAUCCGCUGCACCAAGUGUGGCAAGAGCUUCGACAACAUGCCUGAGCUGCACAAGCACAUCUUAGCCUGUGCCAACGCCAGUGACAAGAAGAGGUAUACCCCCAAGAAGAACCCCAUCCCCCUCAAGCAGAUAGCCAAGCCCCAGAACGGCGUGCUCUCACCGACGGUGUCCGCCAACGCCGGGCAGAACGCUUUCCGCCGCAUGGGCCAGCCCAAGAGGCUCAACUUCAGCCAGGAGCCAUCUGUGAAGAUGAAGCUGAACGCACUUAACAAGAAGAAGAACCAGCUGGUUCAGAAGGCCAUUUCCCAGAGGAACAAGUCGGCCACCUCCGUGAAAAAAGGCUCCGCCCUGGAGGAGGAGCAGGAGGUGCACGUGUGCCCGCACUGCAGCCGGGAGUUCACGUACCGAGGUAGCCUCCACAAGCAUGUGGCCGUCAGCUGCCCUAUGAAACCAGUCUCCAAGAGGCCCAAGAAAGGAAAAGGUCGCAGCAUCCCUGUUACGCAGGAGAACAACGGAAACCUUCGCAGGCGGACCGCAGAGCCUGACGUUAAGCAGCUGGGGUCAAAAGCUGUGCAGAAGACCCUGGGGAAAACGAGGGCUCGCAGCUCCGUGCCUGUGGCAGGCAACGCCAAACCACCCCAGCCCAGCAAGGGCAGAAUGGCUGUCCCAUCAAUGCGGGCGAAGAGGCCGGCCUCCUUCCCGGCCGGGGCAGUCCCUUUCAGCAAGAAGAGCAAAAUUGCCAUGAAAGGAAACAUCCAAUCCCAGCACCAGCAGCCCCAAACACUACCUCUGGAAUCCCCAGCGCCCCCUGGUGGCUCCUCGCAGCGGCAGCCCUUGAGGAUGCAGCGCAGCGGCAAAGAGCUCCCGCCCAAGCGAGCAGCAGAGGUGAAGGUGCAGCUGCCGAAAAAAGAGGAGCGUUACCCUGUGAGGGUGCGGGAGAGGGUGGGCGGGCCCGUCACGCGCAGUCUGCAGCAGGCCAGCCUGGCGCCUCCCGCUGAGGCGAAGGGCGAUGACGUGGCCAAUCAAGAGCCCAGGGAGCCUCAGGAUCCUUUAUUGAAGCUGGCAGGGUAGAACGUUGCGAUAGCCCAGGGGACGCUUCUGGGGACGCGAGACGCAGGAAACGCGGGACCCGGGUGUGAGAAGGACUGGCAGGCCCCCGCUGCCGCCUCUCGAACCACAGGAUGCCGUUUGACAAAGUGGGUGGAGCUUGACGGGGGCGCAGGAGGGGCCACAGUCGACAGGUCCAAUGAGCCAAGAUCUGGCUUGCUUGUGGCGCACGACGGGGGGGUUUGCAGAUCUCGAAGACUGACUCUUCCCAACCCUCACGCUUUGGUUUGGGCAGAGCCUUUCCCAGUGCACUUUGUGAAAUGAAUCUUUCCUGUGUUGGAUUGGAGGAUUUCCAAACUGUAAUAAUGGUGACACAAGAAAAGCAAAAAAACCUAUAGACAGAUAUAUAAUUUCCUUUCUCAUGACUUGACUGUUAGGGUUGACAGUGGAGUUCCAAUCAAGAUUAAUGGCUGAUGCAAAUGGCAAUCAUCUAUGACUUGUAUACACAACCAGCUUGGUCUUCUUCUGUUUCUAUUACCUGUUUGUGUUCAGUCAUUGAGAUUUCUUAGGCUUGUCACUUAAUGCAUGCGAUAUGUAUACAGUACGACUAGACUUGAACCCCUGUUCACUAUCUGUGUUACCCACAUUAGCUCCUGCACCACAUUUAUUAAUAUGAAUGAUUUAAAAGAAUAUGUAUCUAUAUUUAAUUUAAUGCACCACAGAGAAUGAGUUAUGUGGUGCAGAAUCAUAUCUCUAAUGUAAAGAGAAGCAUAGUCUUUUGUUUUUUGGGGUGGGGGUUUGAAAAUCGUGUAGAAUUAGACAAGUUGAAUGACUGGGAGCAGAGCCAUGCUUGGGGGGGAAAAAAUGUUCCCCCCACCCCCAACCCCCCCUCUCUACAGCCUCACACACCACAGUGUACCUGUGUCAAUUUUUUAUAUCUGUCAAACCAUGCCCAUGCUGUGAAAAAAAAAAAUGAUAUUAAUCCGUUUAAAUGAAUAAUGUAGCUGUUAUCUGUGACGACUAACAUGCGUGUGUUGACAGGAUUCCGUUUCUGAUAGGCCUGGUAGAUAUCCCUUACUUAAUCGUAGCCCGCUUUUCAUAUUUAUUUCGAACACAUCAGUGAUAGGAUUUGUACCCUAUGCUAAAUUUAACCUUUUAAUGUCACGCAACUUUCUUAAUAUCUCUUGCUUUCUUCACGGCAGUGAGUAGCAGCUAACAUGCUUUUAGUUCAAGAGAGCUCCCUACUUCCACUCCCUUGUGCUUCAAGCUGUGAAAGCAAAACUUAAUUGCUAGUGCUUGGAAAACACUACGCUUUUGUUGUUUCUGGUUGGGUAGGGCCCAUCAAGUCUCAGUUUAUUUCAUGGAAAUAUAGCAUUACAUUCACUGCCUUUUACAUCCGGCUUUAAUCACAACAGGAGAGGAGAGCCGUUCACAGGACUCCAUUGUAGAGCACUCACUUUUUUGUUCUUGUUCUUGAUGUAUGCUGUACAGCAUAAUCCACAUGGUUUUAAACAAUAAUGUACAUUUAUUUUUAAGAAUCCGCUGCAUGAAGAUGCAUUAGAGCUCUGUAUUUUGUUAACUAAGGAGGUGGCAUUUUCUGGAAUAAAUAUGAAAAGGGCCUAAAUGCUCCAAUAGGAAUAAUGGAAGGUUUUGUCUGAAAUUCUGUUGGACGGGAUCCAGCAAAGUGACACCAGCUGUUUUGGGUUCCAGCUUUUUUUUUUUUUUUGGUUUUUUUUUUGAGACCGCUGUCUGUGAUUGACGCAGUUGUGUCCACUUGGUCUCCGGCAGUUGCGUAUUCCUCGGUGUCGGUGUGUUUGGACCGGCGGCGGUAGCUGACACGAAGAGACAUGUUUAUGUUUACAUUUAUUCUAUGUUCACAGACGUUGCCAACGAGUCCCCGUUUCCCACUAUUCCACCUGCAGAGCGGCACUGAAUCGUGAAAGAGCAGGUUUUUUUCCCUCAUUUAAGGUGUCUAUUCGCUGUAUUGGCCAUGGCAGGUUUAGUCCCUCAAUAGCAUUAAUGUAAGAAGUAAAUUGCAGAGUACAUGCUGUCCUGCAGAUGGCCGUGCAGUAACACACGCUCAACGCUGUUCACAUUGCGCCUGUUCCGUGCCCGCCAUUUUGAAUUAGACUUUGGAGCUUGAGAAAGACGUGGCGCUUUUUUUUUUUUUUUUUCUUCUCCCCUACAGCUCUGUCUGUUAGUAAGGGGAUUGAGAUUGAUGAGGAGCAUUAACAGUGUCAUUAGGAUGCCCUCAAAGAGGAGUACUGAGGAAAACUGAGCUCCCUCGCUUUGGAGACAGAAAACGACAAAAAAAUUUUUCAGGAAACUGAAAACAAUGUGUAACAUGAACCCAGCCAAAAAUUUUAAGGCAAGAAAACAUUCACAUGAGAAAUUUGUAAAGCCUGGUAACAGGGCAGCCAGCCUUUACAAAUCAGAAUGGGUGGGUGUGAUGGUGGCAGCUUUUUGAGGGCCAGCGAGCAACAUGUUUUGUGCAUUAAUGACUAUAAAUAAGGGUAAAAUCAAAGAUCGUGGUUCGAGGUAUUUUGGUAAGAAGUUUAUGAGCUCAGACAAAUCUACCUCCUGUUAAGCGCUUCAGACCGAUGUGUUUCUUUCCCUCUACCAUAUUCAGCUCCCAUCAUACUGUUCUUUCAUACAUCUGUACAGUUUCCACUCACUGCAGAGCUGUCUUGGAGGGAGG